UGUCAUAAUGUAACUAACCUCUCUUUUUAUCCUCUGUAAUUUCACUAAUUUCAAAAAAAUUGGACAUUAUUGGAAUAUUUGGAAUAGAGGUGCAAACUGCAAAGCCUGCAAGGUGCAAUCAUGUACCAAAAUGCAUGUGGUGCUGCAGCUGCUAGUGCAGGAGGUUGUGUUGAAACCGAAAGAGAUUGUCAUAGUUUGAUAUCAAAAGAGCCUCAAGUACCUGCUAUAGAACAUGAUUACAGUGGUUUUGAUAUAGUCAAAGCUACACAGUAUGGAGCAUUUUCCAGAGUUAAAGAACUUGUUGAUGCUGGGUAUAAUGUUAAUGAACGUGAUUCUGAAAAUGUUACCCUGCUGCACUGGGCAGCCAUCAACAAUCGUAAAGACAUAACUGCAUUCUUCAUAGAACAUGGUGCAGAAGUGGAUGCAAUUGGGGGUGAAUUGCAAGCAACCCCCUUACACUGGGCUACUCGACAAGGCCAUUUAGAUGCUGCUGUUAUCCUCAUGAAUGCUGGUGCUGAUCCCUCUCUGCGUGAUGCUGAAGGCUGUUCAUGUAUACACUUGGCUGCCCAAUUUGGGCAUACAGCUCUGGUUGCAUAUUUUGUGGCCAGAGGAGUCAGUCCAGAUCUAGUAGAUAGAGUGGGUAUGACACCACUUAUGUGGGCAGUAUGGAAGGUAUUCAGUUUGGAUCCAACUAGACUGCUGUUGACUUUAGGGGCUUCACCAAAUUUGACUGAUCAACAAGGCAAUAGUGCACUUCAUUGGGCUAUUUUAGCUAGAAAUACCACAGCCAUAUCUACCCUAAUAUUACAAGGCCAUGCUAGUGUUCAUACACCAAAUAGUAGGGGAGAAACACCACUAUCUAUGUUACAAUCACAAAUAGGAUGUAUCUGGGUUAGUCAAAAAGUAGCUGAUAUCAUCAAAGAACAUGCAGCUGUAUCUAGAUCUCAGAAUUUUUUACGUAAAAUCACCAGAGACAAAAGGAUGCGAUGGUGGUGCAUGGUAGGAACCCCAUUCAUGGCAUUCUACAUAGCGGGAGCGAUACUGAGCACCAACCUCAUAAUCCUAAUCAAAAUAUUUCUUCUAGUUUGCCUAUACAUAGUCAUUCACUAUGUAGGCCAAAUUUUGUACGACGACAGGCUCAUGGCUCUGUUGCCGCUCAGUAUCUAUUUGUCGACGAAAGCGUGGUUCUACUUCACGUGGCUGAUCUACAUAGCGCCGGUCAUGCAUUUCCUGAUGACCGCCGUGUUUCUGGGCAGUUCGGGGCUGCUGUGGUAUUGCUUCCUGAAGUCGUGGCUUGGUGAUGCAGGAAUUGUCAGCACGUCGAAACAGCUUCAGUUCAGGACUAUUAUAGAGAUAGCAGAAAAAGGAUCAGGUGGAUUUGAACCUUCCUCGUUCUGUUCCAGCUGUUUAGUCAGGCGCCCACUCAGAUCCAAACAUUGUGCCGUAUGCAAUCAUUGUGUUGCCAGGUUCGAUCAUCAUUGUCCUUGGGUUGCUAACUGUAUAGGUGCAAAGAAUCACAAGCACUUCAUAGGAUUUUUAGCCAGCCUGGUACUGAUGUGCGCCCAACUGUUGUACGGUUCGUUCACAUAUUGGCAGACCGCCCCGAAUUGCAACAUAACGACGAAAGACGUCACCUUCUGGAAGGCCAUGGUCACUGUCGGGCAGUGUAACACGUGGGUGGCUUGGGUCGCGCUGAACGCCCUCUUCCAUUCCGUGUGGGUUUUCAUGUUGUUCAUCUGUCAGAUGUACCAAAUAACUUGCUUGGGCAUGACGACGAACGAGAGGAUGAACCGCGGCCGUUACUCGCAUUUCAUAGCGAACUCCGGCAAAAGUCCGUUCAGCAACGGACCUGUCGCCAAUCUCGUCGAGUUCUUCGAUUGUUCGUGCUUCGGCGUCGGGAAAGCCGACAAGAAGGACUGGCUGACGAGCUUCGAUUUGGAUGAGCACAUCGAGCACCAACCUCUGCUGAGGCACAAAGAUAACUUCCAGUAUGUGUGAGAUAUCUGCGUUUUGAUUGUUUUUUUCGAGUUGGUUCGAAGAAUCGAAUCUCGCGGUUUGAAUUUCAGAUGGGAACAUAGAUUGCAUUUAAAGAAUGGGCGAGUGGACUGAUAGUGAGUUAAUGGCAUUCAAUCACUCCACUAUGUCGCUAGGAAGCUAAAUUAAUUUUUGCAAUACUUCUCAAUUGUUGAAUUUCAGGGAUCAUUUCAAACGAACCUUCAUGGCCGCCAUUCGUCAGUUUCAGAUAAUAUUCCAUUUCCCCUCAUGAAGCAAGGUUGAAUACAUAAUAGGAGGAACCCGCGAUAUUAUAGUUAUUUCUUUACUUUUUCGACAACCAGCAUAUCUAAAUAUUUCUUAGUCCCCAUAACAAUAUAUCAUGUAAAUAUUGGAGACUUGGCAACAUUGUGUUGAAUGCUGAGAACUGACAAGACCACGCCCACAAGUCGUGCGCCGUGUUGUCACGUUCACCGAUUCAAAAGUCCUCGAGUGUGAAUUGAUAUAAUUAAUAUUUUCACAAAUUCAUUAUUUAUUUAUUUAUUCAUUUAUUGAAUCGAGUAAAAUCUACAUUUUGUCAUCGAAUAUCAUUUACAUGUGUAUACAGGGUGUCCCAGAAUAACGUUCGUAUACUCCGAGGUCGAUCUACAGAUAAAAAUAAGAAAUGUUUCUAUCAACAGG